CUGCCAUGGCAGCUUUCCUCUAUUUGCAUGGAAAUACUGGAUAUCUGACGGUAUUGUUACCGGGAGUAACUACGUGGAACACAGUGGCUGCUGGCCAUAUCCGUUUCCACCGUGCGAGCAUCACAGCAACAAAACACGUUACCCUCCAUGCGUGUAUGAGCUCUAUUCUACGCCAAAAUGCACAAAAAAGUGUGACCGCGGAUACGGAAGAUCAUACAAAGUUGACAAAUAUUAUGGUUAGCGAAUAACA